CUAGAUUAUAGUAAUUCCUAAAUAUAUGAGCUUCUCCUAAACUCGAGAUUACGUUCUUGUCUCCUUCAUAUAUAAAGGUGCGCACUGGGGACCUAAGAGGCGGUGGUUUACCCUACGGCGGAUGUCAGUGGUUCGACUCUGCUUAUCUCCAACUCGUGAACUUAGCCGAUUGAAGAAAAUCAAAAUGUUGGACUCAUGGAAGAGAAACAAGUUUUGCUCCAAAUGUAAGUCUACAAUCAAGCAGAUGAAAACUCGAAUCGAAAUGGUGAGGAAGAAGAGAAAUGCAAUGCAGAAAUACUUGAAGAAUGAUAUAGCUGACCUUCUUAAAUCUGGAUUGGAUGUCAAUGCCUACGACAGGACUGAAGGCCUUCUAGUUGAACUGAAUCUCUUGAGCUGUUAUGAUUUCUUGGAGCAAUAUUGUGACCAUAUUUUUUGUCACCUUGAAACCAUGAUUCAACAGAGGGAAUGCUCUGAGGAUUGCAGGGAAGCUGUGGCAUCUUUGAUGUUUGCAGCAGCGAGACUAGCGGACUUGCCUGAAUUACGUCAACUCAGAACGAUAUUUUCUGAGAGAUAUGGAAAUUCCCUUGAAUUUUAUGUUAGUAAACAGUUUACUGAAAAAUUAAAGCCAGUACCACAUAAAAAGGACAUGAAGCUACAGUUGAUGCAAGAUAUAGCAACAGAAUCUGGUACAGAAUGGAAUUCAAAAGCUUUACAACAGAAGCUAUAUGAACAAGAACACAUGUCUGAAUCAGGUCAUGAUAAAGAAUCUGAAGCUGCUACAUUCAAUCAUGAGAAUGUGAGGCAUCAUCAUACCAAAUCAAGAGUGAACACAACAGAAAGAAGUUCAGAUUCUGGUCUUGAUUGCGCUCAUGUGGACAAAGUAGAAUAUAAUGGCGACGACAAUGCAGCUGAAAAGGCUAAUCCAAAACCAAAAUCGGUUAGAAGGAAACAUCUGGAGCCACAAUCUGGUGACAAAGAUUCAGGACAAGAAAACCAUGGCACAAGAAUUUCAAAUGGUGAAGUCUCGAGGCAGAGAACUCGAGAUGGUCCUUCAGGAAGAACAGCAUCCCUUCCAGUUGAAUUGGAACAAAUAAGUCCAGCUGAGCUAAUGAAAGGGCACACUCGAGCAAAUUCUUGUCAGCCUGAUAUGUUUGGUCCAAAUGGGCUCCAUCCUAAGGUACCAAAUUACGAUGAGGUAGUUGCUCGCCUGGCGGAUCUCAGUGGGAAAUCAAAAGAAUGACCUUUUAGUUAGGACAAGCUGGAUUACUGUUCCAUUCCACAGCCAAUCUUAUUAAAUUUUGGUUUUAUCUUACUCUUUGUAUACAUGUUAAGAGUUGAUACAGUGUAUAUUACUCUUUAACAGUUAUUAAACCAUUUCAUUGUAAAUAGGCUCAUUAGAUAAAGCCUAUAUGUUGAGUAGUGACAGAGUAUUUGACUCUCUAUUCAUGAGUCAUAAUCUUAGUCCAUCACAAGUUUCUAGCAGCAACGUCGUAUACAGAAGAUUUUGUUAACAUUUUACUAGUCUUUUUGCAGGGAAAAGUUUCAUAUAAAAUUUUUGUUGCCAUUAUCAAUGUAGUUACUGUAAGAUAGUUAAAACAUCUAUUUUAUGGCUGACGUUUUUCUUACUAUAGUUCUUUAACUCUUGGGAAAUUUCUCAAUUCCCUUUUUUCCCACUAAUUGUGUAUCAACUUCUAUCAAUAUAGUCACCAACCAAACCAUUGGCCUGGGAAUCAUCAAAUAGGUAAAUGUCCCUUUAGUGAAUCAAGAACUUGCUCCCUGUCGGAUUCAUUCAUGGACUUAUCAAAAUUUGCAGACUAUUUGUUGAAAGUGACUCAGUUCAUGAUGAAAUUCCGAAUCUUGAUAUAAUCAGGCAACCAAAAAAAAAAA